AUGGCUUCUCCAACACCGACUUCGACAUCUUCGGCAAGUCUAAGCUCGCAGACGACAGAGGAAAAGCGAGAUCAUCGAUCGAACCAGGAUGUAUCAGGAGCAUCUACACCACCACCCACCUCAAAGUCCGAUCCUACAUUCAUCACCUGGACCUCACCAACAGACCCAUCCAACCCCUUCAACUUCUCUCCGUCGAAAAAAUGGCGGACUACCCUUCUAGCCUGUACCAUGACCUUCGUCGUCCAAGUCUCAGGCACAAUGCUCACAUCCGCCGCCGAGCAAAUCAACUCCAGCUUCGACGUCAGCGAUGAAGCAUUUCCGCACUCGUACUGGCCGGUGUUGAGUUGGAACCUAGGAGGCGCCGCAGCACCACUACUAGGACUGCCCCUGAUGGAGAACUUCGGUGUGCGGUGGAGUUAUAUGGCCAUCUACGCGGUGUUGAUCAUCUUCAUCAUUCCGCAAGCGUUGGCCGAGAACUUCGCGACGUUGAUUGUGACGAGGAUCAUCACGGGUUCGUGCUCGGGUGUCCUUGCGAAUAUCACGUCGGGGAUUGUAAGCGAUAUCUGGAGGGAUGGGAGAGCAAAGAGUUUCGGGACGUCGCUUUACAUCUUCGCAUUGCUUGCGGGGCUUAAUAUGGGGCCUGUGUUUGGUAGUUUGGUCGUUCAGUAUACGACUUGGCGAUGGAUCUUUCUGAGUCAGAUCAUCUUCUACAGCGCUCUUAUGCCGGUGCUGUUCUUCCUUCUUCCAGAAGUUCGGCCGGAUGUUAUCCUCACUCAGCGUGCACGUCAUAUUCGUGCCAAGACGGGGAAAGAGGUGUAUGCCCAGGCUGAGAAAGAGCACACAAGUUUCGGCGAAAUUCUCAAGGAGACGCUCGUUCGACCAACGCGUAUGCUGUGUACCGAAGGCGUCGUCCUCUCCUUUGGGCUGUGGAGCGCUUUCUGCAUCGGCACAGCUUUCAUGUUCACGCAAUCCAUCGUACAAGUCUUCUCAGAGCUGUACGGCUGGUCUUUCUUCGGCACAGGCCUCGUGCAAUCCGCCGUCGUAAUCGGAGAGCUCAUCGGCCUUAUCGCAUCACUAGUCCAAGACCGCAUCUACUUCGCAUCCGCGCGACGCAACAACGAAACUCCAGGGCAGCCGAUCCCAGAAGCGCGACUUUAUCUCAGCAUCCCAGCCUCGUUCAUCGGCCUGAGUGGCGGUCUGUUCUAUUUCGCAUGGACGUCCUACUCUUCCAUACCGUGGAUCGUACCCAGUAUAUCGCUCGCUUUCGUGGGCUUCGGCAUGUUCUGCAGUACAGCGGGAGUAACGACGUAUGUGGUUGAUGCGUAUGCGAAGUAUGCUGCUAGUGCUAUCGCGGGCAUUGCGUUUCUGGAGAACUUUAUGGCGGCUUUCUUGCCGCUUGCGACGCAGAGUAUGUAUCGUACGUUGAGAUUUAAUUGGGCGAGUAGUUUGUUGGGCUUUAUCGCGUUGGCGUUGAGUUUCAUUCCGUUGAUUCUGUUGAGGUUUGGGAAGAGCAUACGUGGGAAGAGUCCGUUUAUGAGUGAAGCGGGGUAUGAAGACUGA